GGGUGAGGGAGGGAGGGAGGGAGGGAGGGAGGGCGGCGGGGAGAGCGCGCGGAGGGAGGAGUGGGAGGCGGGAGGGGGGGCACGCGGCGCCCUUCGCUGGCUCGCUCGCUCCCUCCCUCCCCAGAGCCGCCGCCGCCGCCGCCGCUGCCGCCGCCGCUGCCGCUCCCGCCGCCAUUUUGGGUUCGCUUUGCGGAGGGGGGAGACGAUCCCGGUCUCGGUUGCCGGACCCGCCUUCUCUCGGUUUCCCCUUUCCCGACCUACGCCUUUGGCUUCUCCUCUCUCGCGUUUCCGCCGGUCCGCUUACCCGCUGGCCGCCUCCUGACAAGCGGGAAGGGUUACAGUGUGGAGCCAGGGAAGCCGAGGCGCCAGGCUGCCACCCUCUCUCUCUCCACUUGCCUGCACUCGGCGCUCUCGGCCUCGCACGAGGACUCAGGUGAGAUUCCAAGCACCCACAUUGUGACCGGAGAUCAUUUGUAAUUCCAGUUCUAGAGGAUUGUCUUUGAUGAGUACCAGGCUCACAACCAUCUGCCAUUGGGUCCCUUGCCCUUUUCUGGGAAAGAGAUGCUGGUUGCAAGUUUUGGAAAACCCUAUUUUUUUAUGGAACAGUGUUCUGUAAAAGUUUUGUAAGAUCCCUUGGCAAUAACACACUUGUGAUGGACCCUAGGAAUACUGCUAUGUUAGGAUUGGGUUCUGAUUCCGAAGGAUUUUCAAGAAAGAGUCCUUCUACCAUCAAUCCUGGCACUCUGGCCAGCAAAAGAGAAGCAGAGAUAGAGGGUGCCACAGAAGAAGAGGAUCCUCGCAAGCGGAAUCGAGAAAGGGGCACAGAAGCAGGAAAGGAGGAUGGCUCGACGGAUGCACAGCAACAGUUUUCAGUGAAAGAAACAAACUUUUCAGAGGGAAACUUAAAAUUGAAAAUUGGCCUUCAGGCAAAGAGAACUAAAAAGCCUCCAAAGAACUUGGAGAACUAUGUGUGUCGACCUGCCAUAAAGACAACCAUCAAGCACUCAAGGAAAGCACUUAAAAGUGGGAAGAUGACAGAUGAGAAGAAUGAGCACUGCCCUUCAAAAUGGGACUCUUCAAAAUUGUUCAAGAAAGCAGGUGACGCUACAGCCAUCGACUGCCAAGCCGAAGAAAGCAUCCAUCUUCAUUCACAGGGGGAAAGUAAUCCUUUGUCUAAGAAGCUUUCUCCAGUACAUUCACAAAUGGCAGAUUACAUUAGUGCAGCACCAUCUCUUGUUGGCAGUCGAGAUCCUGAUAUAAAGGACAGAGCAUUACUUAAUGGAGGAACUAGUGUAACAGAAAAGUUGGCACAGCUCAUUGCUACCUGUCCUCCUUCCAAGUCUUCCAAGGCAAAACCGAAGAAGUUAGGAACUGGCACUACAGUUGGAUUGGUUAGCAAGGACUUGAUCAGGAAACCAGGUGUUGGCUCUAUAGCUGGAAUAAUUCAUAAAGACUUAAUUAAAAAGCCAGCUCUUAGCACAGCAGUUGGGUUGGUAACUAAAGAUCCAGGGAAAAAGCCUAUGUUCAAUGCAGCAGUAGGCCUGAUCAAUAAGGACUCUGUGAAAAAAUUGGGAACUGGCACUACAGCCGUAUUCAUUAAUAAAGACUUAGGCAAAAAGCCAGGGGCUAUCACUACAGUUGGACUGCUGAGCAAAGAAUCAGGAAAGAAGCUAGGCAUUGGUAUUGUUCCAGGGCUAGUGAAUAAAGAGUCUGGCAAGAAAUUAGGACUUGGCACCGUAGUUGGACUGGUUAAUAAAGAGUUGGGAAAGAAACUGAGUUCUACAGUUGGCCUAGUGGCCAAGGAUGUUACGAAGAAGAUUGUAGCAAGCUCAGCAAUGGGAUUGGUUAAUAAGGACAUUGGAAAGAAAUUAUUAAAUUGUCCUAUGGCAGGACAACUGGGCAGUAAAGAUGCCUUAAACCUUAAAUCUGAAGCACUGCUCCCCACUCAGGAACAACUUAAGGCUUCCUGUAGUGCAAACAUAAGUAAUCAUGACAGUCAAGAACUUCCUGAGUCUCUGAAAGACAGUGCUACCGGCAAAGCUUUUGAGAAGAGUGUUAUGCGGCAUAGUAAAGAAAGCAUGUUGGAAAAAUUUUCAGUCCGAAAAGAAAUUACUAAUUUGGAGAAAGAAAUGUUUAAUGAAGGAACAUGCAUUCAGCAAGACAAUUUCUCAUCUAGUGAAAGGGGAGCCUUUGAAACCUCAAAACAUGAAAAGCAGCCUCCUGUGUAUUGCACUUCUCCUGACUUUCAAAUAGGAGGUGCCUCUGAUGCCUCUACAGCUAAAUCUCCCUUCAGUGCAGUAGGCGAAAGCAACCUUCCUUCCUCGUCACCUACUGUAUCUGUUAAUCCUGUAACCAGGAGUCCCCCUGAAGCUUCUUCACAGUUGGUUCCAAACCCAUUACUUUUAAAUUCUACAGCAGAACAAAUGGAAGAAAUCUCUGAAUCUAUUGGAAAGAGCCAGUUUACUGCUGAAAGUACCCACUUGAAUGUUGGUCACAGAUCAUUAGGUCAUAGCUUAAGUAUUGAGUGUAAAGGAAUUGAUAAAGAACUAAAUGAAUCAAAAAAUACACAUCUAGAUAUUCCUAGAAUAAGUUCUUCCUUGGGAAAAAAGCCAAGUUUGACUUCUGACUCUGGUAUUCAUGCAAUUACUCCUUCCGUUGUUAAUUUUACUAGUUUGUUUAGUAACAAACCUUUUUUAAAGCUUGGUGCAGUCACUGCACCAGACAAACACUGCCAGGUUGCUGAAAGCCUAAGCUCGAGUUUCCAGUCCAAACCAUUGAAAAAAAGAAAAGGAAGAAAACCUCGGUGGACUAAAGUGGUGGCAAGAAGCACAUGCCGGUCUCCAAAAGGACUAGACUUAGAAAGAUCAGAGCUUUUUAAGAAUGUUUCUUGUAGCUCACUAUCAAAUAGUUCUGAGCCAGCGAAGUUUAUGAAAACUAUCGGAGCAUCAUCAUUCGUCGAUCAUGACUUCCUUAAACGCCGAUUGCCAAAGUUGAGUAAGUCUUCAGCUCCAUCUCUUGCUCUUUUAACCGACAGCGAGAAACCAUCUCAUAAGUCUUUUAUUACUCACAAACUGUCCUCCAGUAUGUGUGUCACUAGCGAUCUUUUGUCGGAUAUUUAUAAGCCCAAGAGAGGAAGACCUAAAUCCAAGGAAAUGCCUCAGCUAGAAGGUCCACCUAAAAGGACUUUAAAAAUACCUGCCUCUAAAGUUUUUUCUUUACAGUCUAAAGAAGAGCAAGAACCCCCAAUUUUACAACCAGAAAUUGAAAUUCCUUCCUUCAAGCAAAGUUUGUCUGUAUCUCCUUUUCCAAAAAAAAGAGGCAGGCCUAAGAGGCAGAUGAGGUCUCCAGUGAAGAUGAAACCCCCUGUCCUGUCAGUGGCUCCAUUUGUUGCCACUGAAAGUCCAAGUAAGCUCGAGUCUGAAAGUGAGAACCAUAGAAGUAGCAGUGACUUUUUUGAGAGUGAGGACCAGCUUCAGGACACAGACGACUUAGAUGACAGUCACAGGCAAAGUGUCUGUAGUAUGAGUGACCUUGAGAUGGAACCAGAUAAAAAAAUUAGCAAGCGAAACAAUGGACAAUUAAUGAAAACAAUUAUCCGAAAAAUAAAUAAAAUGAAGACUUUAAAGAGAAAAAAACUGUUGAAUCAGAUUCUUUCGAGUUCUGUAGAAUCAAGUAAUAAAGGAAAAGUGCAGUCCAAGCUUCACAAUACAGUCUCAAGUCUUGCUGCCACAUUUGGCUCUAAAUUGGGGCAACAAAUCAAUGUCAGCAAGAAAGGAACCAUUUACAUAGGGAAGAGAAGGGGGCGGAAACCAAAAACCGUCUUAAAUGGCCUGCUUUCUGGUAGCCCUGCCAGCCUUGCUGUGCUUGAACAAACAGCUCAGCAGGCAGCUGGGUCAGCAUUAGGACAGAUCCUCCCCCCUUUACUGCCAUCACCUGCUAGUAGCUCUGAGAUCCUUCCAUCACCUAUUUGCUCUCAGUCUUCUGGGACUAGUGGAGGUCAGAGCCCUGUUAGUAGUGACGCAGGCUUUGUUGAACCUAGCUCAGUGCCAUAUUUGCAUGUGCACUCCAGACAGGGCAGUAUGAUUCAGACUCUUGCAAUGAAGAAGGCUUCCAAGGGCAGAAGGCGGCUCUCUCCUCCUACUUUGUUGCCAAAUUCUCCUUCUCAUUUGAGUGAACUCACAUCCCUGAAAGAAGCCACUCCUUCCCCAGUUAGUGAGUCUCAUAGUGACGAGACCAUUCCCAGUGACAGUGGCAUUGGGACAGAUAAUAAUAGCACAUCAGACAGGGCAGAGAAGUUUUGUGGACAGAAAAAGAGGAGACAUUCUUUUGAGCACAUUUCUCUGAUUCCCCCUGAAACUUCUACCGUCCUAAACAGUCUCAAAGAAAAACACAAACACAAAUGUAAGCGCAGGAGUCACGAUUACCUCAGCUAUGACAAGAUGAAAAGACAGAAGCGAAAACGGAAAAAGAAAUAUCCCCAGCUUCGAAAUAGGCAGGAUCCAGACUUCAUCGCAGAACUAGAGGAGCUGAUAAGUCGUCUAAGUGAGAUUCGGAUCACCCAUCGAAGCCAUCAUUUUAUUCCCCGAGACCUCCUGCCAACUAUUUUUCGAAUCAACUUUAAUAGUUUCUAUACACAUCCUUCUUUUCCCUUAGACCCAUUGCACUACAUUCGGAAACCUGACUUAAAAAAGAAACGAGGGAGGCCCCCUAAGAUGAGGGAGGCAAUGGCAGAAAUGCCUUUUAUGCACAGCCUUAGUUUUCCUUUAUCUAGUACUGGAUUUUAUCCUUCUUAUGGCAUGCCUUACUCUCCCUCACCCCUUACAGCUGCUCCAAUAGGAUUAGGGUAUUAUGGAAGGUAUCCCCCCACUCUUUAUCCACCGCCACCAUCUCCUUCAUUCACCACUCCACUGCCACCUCCCUCCUAUAUGCAUGCUGGUCAUUUAUUGCUCAAUCCUACCAAAUAUCAUAAGAAAAAGCAUAAGCUGCUUAGACAGGAGGCUUUUCUUACAACCAGCAGGACCCCUCUCCUUUCCAUGAGCACCUACCCCAGCGUACCUCCAGAGAUGGCUUAUGGUUGGAUGGUGGAGCACAAACACAGACACCGUCACAAACACAGAGAGCACCGUUCUGAACAGCCCCAGGUUUCCAUGGAUAGUGGCUCUUCCAGAUCCGUCUUGGAGUCUUUGAAACGUUACCGAUUUGGUAAGGAUACUGUUGGAGAUCGAUAUAAGCAUAAGGAAAAGCACAGGUGUCACAUGUCCUGCCCUCAUCUCUCUCCUUCAAAGAACUUAAUAAACAGAGAAGAACAGUGGGUUUCUCGAGAGCCUUCAGAAUCAAGUUCUUUAGCCUUGGGAUUGCAAACACCUUUACAAAUUGACUGCUCAGAAAGUUCUCCCAGUUUGUCCCUUGGAGGAUUUACUCCCAAUUCUGAGCCAGCCAGCAGUGAUGAACAUAUGAACCUUUUUACAAGUGCAAUAGGCAGCUGCAGAGUUUCAAACCCUAACUCCAGUUGCCGGAAGAAAUUAACUGACAGCCCUGGGCUCUUUCCUGUACAAGAUACUGCACUAAAUCGGCCUCACAGAAAGGAACCAUUACCUUCCAGUGAAAGGGCAAUACAGUCGUUGGCAGGUUCCCAGUCAGCUUCCGAUAAACCUUCCCAGCGAUCAUCAGAAAGCACAAAUUGUAGCCCUACUCGUAAAAGGUCUUCAUCUGAGAGUACUUCUUCAACAGUGAAUGGAGUUCCUUCCAGAAGUCCCAGAUUGGUUGCUUCUAUGGAUGAUUCUGUAGACAGUCUGUUGCAGCGGAUAGUACAUCACGAUGAGCAAGAGUCCAUGGAGAAAAACGGUGAUGCUUCCAUUACAACUGUGUCUGCACCACCUUCUUCCAGUCCAGGCCAUAGCUACAGCAAGGAGCGAGCCUUAGGUAAAUCAGACAGCCUUCUAGUGCCUGCAGUCCCGAAUGACUCUUGCAGUAAUAUCCCACUUCUUUCUGAAAAGUCAGCAAGUAGGUGUUCCCCCCAUCACAUCAAGAGAAGUGUAGUUGAAGCUAUGCAACGCCAAGCUCGGAAAAUGUGCAAUUAUGACAAAAUCUUGGCCACCAAGAAAAACCUGGACCAUGUUAAUAAAAUUUUAAAAGCCAAAAAACUUCAAAGGCAGGCCAGGACAGGAAACAAUUUUGUGAAACGCAGACCAGGUCGACCUCGGAAAUGCCCCCUCCAAGCAGUGGUGUCAAUGCAAGCCUUCCAGGCCGCCCAGUUUGUCAGCCCGGAAUUGAAUGAAGGCGAAGACAUGUCCCUGCACCUAAGUCCAGACACAGUCACUGAUGUGAUCGAGGCUGUGGUUCAGAGUGUGAACCUCACUUCAGAACAUAAGAAGGGGGUGAAGAGGAAAAAUUGGCUGUUAGAAGAACAGACUAGGAAAAAGCAGAAGACAGUACCAGAGGAAGAAGAGCAAGAAAACAAUAAAAGCUUUAUAGAAACACCAGUUGAAAUUCCCAGUCCUCUUGAAACGCCUGCUGAACCUUCUGAACCUGAAAAUACCUUGCAACCUGUGCUGGCUCUCAUCCCACGAGAAAAGAAGGCCCCACGUCCUCCAAAGAAGAAAUACCAGAGAGCUGGGCUGUAUUCUGAUGUUUACAAAACAAUAGACCCAAAGAGCCGAUUAAUCCAAUUAAAGAAAGAAAAGUUGGAGUAUACUCCAGGAGAGCACGAGUAUGGGUUGUUCCCAGCGCCCAUUCAUGUUGGAAAGUAUCUCAGACAGAAGAGAAUUGACUUCCAGCUUCCCUAUGAUAUUCUCUGGCAGUGGAAACACAAUCAGCUAUACAAAAAGCCAGAUGUCCCCCUGUAUAAAAAAAUCCGUUCAAAUGUCUAUGUUGAUGUCAAACCACUUUCUGGUUAUGAGGCUACCACCUGUAAUUGUAAGAAGCCAGAUGACGACACCAGGAAGGGCUGUGGGGAUGACUGCCUAAAUAGAAUGAUCUUUGCUGAGUGUUCCCCUAACACUUGCCCCUGUGGUGAGCAGUGCUGUAACCAGAGGAUACAGAGGCAUGAGUGGGUGCAGUGUCUGGAACGAUUUCGAGCUGAGGAAAAAGGUUGGGGAAUUAGAACCAAAGAACCCCUAAAAGCUGGCCAGUUCAUCAUUGAAUACCUAGGGGAAGUUGUCAGCGAACAAGAAUUCAGGAACAGGAUGAUUGAGCAAUAUCAUAAUCACAGUGACCACUACUGUUUAAACCUGGAUAGCGGAAUGGUGAUUGACAGUUACCGCAUGGGAAAUGAGGCCAGAUUCAUCAACCACAGCUGUGACCCAAAUUGUGAAAUGCAGAAAUGGUCUGUUAAUGGAGUGUACCGUAUUGGACUGUAUGCACUUAAGGAUAUGCCAGCUGGGACAGAGCUUACCUAUGAUUACAACUUUCAUUCCUUCAAUGUAGAAAAACAGCAACUUUGUAAAUGUGGUUUUGAGAAGUGUCGAGGAAUCAUUGGAGGCAAGAGUCAACGGAUGAACGGACUCCCUAGCCAUAAAGGUAGCCAGUCUUCAAGCACGCAUAGAAAGUCUGCACGGGCGAAAGAGAAGCGGAAGUCCAAGCACAAGCUGAAGAAAAGGAAAGGCCAUCCCUCUGAAGAGCCCAGUGAAAACAUCAACACCCCAACAAGAUUGACUCCACAGUUACAGAUGAAGCCAAUGUCCAACAGAGAGAGGAACUUCGUGCUAAAGCACCAUGUGUUCUUGGUGCGAAACUGGGAAAAGAUCCAUCAGAAGCAGGAGGAGGUGAAGCACACCCGUGACAUCCACUCAGCAUCGCUGUACACCCGCUGGAACGGCCUCUGUCGGGACGACGGGAACAUUAAGUCUGAUGUCUUCAUGACCCAGUUCUCUGCCCUGCAGACAGCUAGAUCUGUUCGAACAAGACGCUUGGCAGCUGCAGAGGAAAACCUGGAAGUGGCUCGGGCAGCGCGCCUAGCACAGAUCUUCAAAGAGAUCUGUGAUGGCAUCAUCUCCUACAGAGAUUCUUCCCAGCAAACCCUUGCAGCUCCACUUUUGAAUCUUCCCCCAAAGAAAAAAAAUGCUGACUAUUAUGAGAAGAUCUCUGACCCCCUGGAUCUCAGCACCAUAGAGAAGCAGAUCCUCAUUGGGUAUUACAAAACAGUGGAGGCUUUCGAUGCUGACAUGCUUAAGGUCUUUCGGAAUGCUGAGAAGUACUAUGGGCGUAAAUCCCCAAUUGGGAGAGAUGUUUGCCGCUUACGAAAGGCCUAUUACAGCGCCCGGCAUGAAGCUUCGGCUCAGAUCGAUGAGAUUGUGGGAGAAACGGCCAGUGAGGCCGACAGCAGCGAGACCUCAGUCUCCGAGAAGGAGAGCGGGCACGAGAAGGAUGAUGAUGUUAUCCGCUGCAUCUGCGGCCUCUAUAAAGAUGAAGGCCUCAUGAUCCAGUGUGACAAGUGCAUGGUGUGGCAGCACUGCGACUGCAUGGGUGUGAACACGGAUGUGGAGCACUACCUUUGUGAGCAGUGUGACCCUCGGCCUGUGGACAGGGAGGUACCCAUGAUCCCUAGGCCCCACUAUGCCCAGCCCGGCUGUGUCUACUUCAUCUGUUUACUCCGAGAUGACUUGCUGCUUCGUCAGGGUGAUUGUGUGUACCUGAUGAGGGACAGUCGGCGCACGCCUGAUGGCCACCCAGUCCGUCAGUCCUACAGACUCUUAUCUCACAUUAACCGAGAUAAACUUGACAUCUUUAGAAUCGAGAAGCUCUGGAAGAAUGAAAAAGAAGAACGGUUUGCCUUUGGUCACCAUUAUUUCCGCCCACAUGAGACUCAUCACUCUCCAUCCCGUCGGUUCUAUCACAACGAGCUGUUCCGGGUGCCCCUCUAUGAGAUCAUUCCCUUGGAGGCCGUAGUUGGGACCUGCUGUGUGUUGGACCUUUAUACAUACUGUAAAGGGAGACCCAAAGGAAUAAAGGAACAAGAUGUGUAUAUCUGUGAUUAUCGGCUUGACAAGUCAGCACACCUUUUUUACAAGAUUCAUCGGAAUCGAUAUCCGGUCUGCACCAAACCCUAUGCCUUUGAUCAUUUCCCCAAGAAGCUCACUCCCAAAAGAGACUUCUCACCUCAUUAUGUCCCAGACAACUACAAGAGGAACGGAGGACGAUCAUCCUGGAAGUCUGAACGCUCAAAGCCACCCCUAAAAGACCUAGGACAAGAAGAUGAUGCUUUGCCCUUGAUUGAAGAGGUACUGGCUAGUCAGGAGCAAGCAGCCAGGGAAGUGCCCAGCCCUGAGGAGCCAGACCAGGAAAGAGCCACUGGGGACAUUGGGGACGCUGAAAAGAAACCAGAGGAGAGCAGUCAAGAAGCCCAGUUAGCCAGCACACCUGAGGAGCGAAGGCACAGCCAGAGGGAACGGCUCAACCAGAUCCUGCUCAACCUCCUUGAGAAAAUACCUGGGAAAAAUGCCAUUGACGUGACCUACCUGCUGGAGGAAGGGUCCGGCAGGAAACUGCGAAGGCGCACUUUGUUUAUACCAGAAAAUAGCUUUCGGAAGUGACUCUCAAAAGGAUGAGAACCGCGAGCGAGCACCUGGGAUCCAACGGCACCAUCAAGUCCAGCCUCUUGCUCUCUGGACAUGGACUGGGGCAGAAAAGUUCUGUUCAGGCAAGGGGGGUGGGGUCACGUUUCUGACAUGGUACUUUCUAAAGCUCGGAGCUAGUGGAAAGGGAAAGGAAGUAGGCUUGUCUGAGACGGGUGCGUUUACUUCUCUCUCUGGCUUCUCCUGAGGGUUAACAGAGACAGGAGGACCACACUUGGAGUAGCCAGAAGCUACUGGUACUUUCCAGCACUUCCAAAGGGAAGGGUCCGGACCCAGCCUGCCCCGUUUAUCUCUUAGCUCUAAGAGCUACGUCAGAGACCUAAACAGGUACAGUAGCUGAGGCCUCUUUUAAGUUCCUUUAACGGGAAAGUUCUUUCUCCCUUCUUGCCCAACCAGGUCAAAGUACUAGAACAUGAAUCAGCUGCUCAGAGCACUUAGAACUGCUGCCACUCUCCCUACCUCUGUUCCCAGAGUAGAGUCAGUAGAACCAGGGAGGCGGAGAGGCCCCCAUGGGGUCCGAAGGGCAGUAUUGGUAAUUAUUUUUGGUUUACCCUUCAUAACCUGCCGAACAUACUUUUUCCUCCUGAGAAAGCCCAGCCCCCGCCAGCACACAUGCUGCUUCUCUUCCUGUGUGUCUGCUGUGCAAAAGAUUCACGUCCAAGAAAGAAAAACGGUUUGUAAAACUGCAUAAACCCUCUACACUUCUCCCCUAACAAAACUCACUACAGAACUGUUGAGCAGUGUUCACUCUCGGAGUGUUUGUUCUAAGUGUAGGUUACCGACUGAAACACUACUCUUAUUUUCUUAACUGUAUAGUUCCGGUGUCCGUCCCUCCCACGAGUCCCAUUUUCCUUCCACCUUUCUGAAUGACUUCAUCAUCAGGAGGUAUAGCCAGGGUCACCUUCUCACCCAGUCUCUUGACCAGAAGUUACCAGACCAUACUGUCUCUUUACAAGUAAAAUUCAAAAAGCUUUGCUUUGUCUUCUCAGACAUACAUAUGCAUAUACAUUUUAGAUGUUCUUAUAAGAGAAAAGAUGGUUUUUAAAUGUGCCAAGUUAUGUGUGUGUAUAAAUAUAUAUAUGUGUGUGUGUGCGUGUAUAUAUAUAUAUGUGUGUGUGUGUAUGUGUAUAUAUAUAUGUGUGUGUGGGUGCGAGUGUGCGAGUAUGUGUAUGUGGGGGUGGGUGCGCGUGUGUGUGUGUGUGUGUAUGCUGUGAGAUUGGUAAGCAAUACAUUAGUAAACACAUCUUCAUUACUCUUUUCCAAUACUGGACCAAUGAUGUCCUAACUGUACAUUUCCUUCCCCUUAUGAUGACGACGCUCUGACUCAUUUAGGUAGAGACAUUUGACCACCUUCAUUCCAUUGAUUUUUUUUUUCUCCUUUCUGUGUUAUUCUUAAGGGAAAAGAGAGAGAGAGAAAGAGGGGAUGGCAUAGAUCCCCUUGAGCAGAGAAAAAGCAAAAUAUUUUAUUAAAGAAAAAAAGAAAUUAAGAAAAUAGUUUGGAGUAUUUUCUUACUGUAGAGAAGCAUUGUACAUUACCACGAGACCUGGGUAUGAGAUGCUCGCGCGUGGCGCUGGGGAGCGCAUGGCCAAGCCCACUGGAGUGGUUUCUUUUGUUUCUCAUUGCAGGGAGGGGGAGGGGGGAGGACUAAGGGCACUUUGGGGGUCUCCUUUUAGUCAAAAGCAAGAAAAUGACAAGAAAGAGAUUAAAUUCAAUGUUUUCCUUUAAUAGUGUUAAACACUAAAAUUUUAAAAUAAGAAAGAAAAAACUUUGUAAAAUGUAAGAACAGAAGCAAAAGACACUACGCUGUCAUUUUUAUCUUUCUUUUGUUGAAAGAUUAAAAACUGAAAUGUUUUUUAGACAAUCAAAUGUUAGGUAAGUGCAAAAAACUUGUUUUUCUUACUGGUGUAGAAAUUAAUGCCUUUUUUAUUUUUCAGUUAUUUUAUAAUAACAAAAUAAAAACAACCCCCAGCUGCCAGGUGGGUUUUGGUGUUCGAAAUGCGGGGCAAAGCACUACAUCACUGCAAAUAGAUACAGAGUUAGUCUGCAUGUCUGUAGGCUGUGUGAUUGCGGAAAAUAUAAAUGCUGCUAAUAUAUUUCCUUUUUACAGAAAAGCAUAUCUAAAUAGAUGAUUGUUUUGAUGUUAAUCUUUGUAAAUUAUGUAUUACCAAUUUUAACAUUGGAUGUAAUUGCAUAAAGGCUUGCAUCUCAAUCCUUGAAAGUCUAGCAUUAAAUGGAAACAACUUUUCCUAA